AUGAACGAUUACUCGUCCCUAUUCACAAGCGGCCUGAUGCUGCUUUGCGAGUCAACCAACACUCACAGCCGCCAUACCGUGUCUGAAAUGUCGCUCGACAACACCAAGAACACUGCUUCUGGUCUGCGCUCGUUCCUCUCCCUCGAGAUGGCCGAUUCUCUGCGUACUUUUGCAACCAGCCCAGCAUCUAACUCGUCCAGCCGUGCUCACAGCCGCAAGCCCAGCUCCGAAAGGCGCGCUCGGGCUGGUCACUCACCAGCUGCAUCUCCAUCCAAGCCUACAGCAAAUGCUCACAAGGCACCGCUCUCUCCGGCCAGCUCUCGUCGACGCUCGCUUCCUCAGCCCAAGCCGGCCCCACUCGCCGAGCUCCCAGUUGUCCCUGCUGCUCACACUCACGGCCGCUCUCGCUCCGACUCGGAUGCCUCACAAGCACUCCCACGUUUGCCGUUGUACCAGCUCCCAAAUCAGACUCUGCCCUACUCAUCCUCUGAUUGUAAAGGAAAAGCCCGUCGGCCGCAAGGAUCAUCUGGUUCCGUCUACCCUCAAACUCGAGCUAUCCUCUGCGCCGACCACUCCUUGCAGCCCAUUUCCCACCACUCCCCGAUCCUCGCACGCAAUCUCCAUGUUCUCUCCUUUGACACCAUCCAGUGCCGACACACCUUCGUUUCCGAUGAAUGUUCAAUAUCACCCGACUUUUGGUCCAUCUAUGCGGCAACGCUCUCUCCCACCACCGAGAGUGCACUCGGUCUUCAUCACCUUGGAGCUCCUGCAGCCGGCCCCGAGAAUAUCGCACCUUGCAACCCACCUGUUGUGCUCAAGCGAGCACGAGUUCGACGAAACAGACACUCAGCCCCAUCUCGCAAUGCGAGCGUGACCGCCAACUCGAUGAGAUCCUCUCAAAUGUCUGCCUCAACAUCGUAUAGACGAACACAGCGCAGUGGUGCACUUGCCCAACUCGAAGGCCGAAUCCCGCGAAGCGAAUGGAUGAGUGACGACGAGGAAGGAGCUUCUCUAAACUGA